CCAACCCCUCCCCCCUCUGCUCCUGCAGGUGUUGUGCCUGAUCACGGCUCCGGUGACGAUGAUCCUGUCUUCGCAGCAGGACGCCUCCUUUGCCUUCGCCUCCCUGGCCAUCGUCUUCUCCGCCUACAUCACUCUGGUGGUGCUUUUUGUACCGAAGAUGCGGCGUCUCAUCACCCGCGGCGAAUGGCAGUCGGAGCAGCAGGACACUCUGAAGACCGGGUCGUCCACCAACAACAAUGACGAGGAGAAGUCCAGGCAGCUGGAGCGGGAGAACCGGGAGCUGCAGAAGAUCAUCCAGGAGGUGAAGACACUUCACUCCCUCAGGUCCACCCUGAAGCAGCUCAGGCAGCCAU